AUGUUACCAGCAAAAGGCAAUAGUACUGACGUCUUUUCACGCUCAAGCUUUCAAAUCGAAGGUGAAAUUCAUUACAAAUACGCUGAGUUCACCCUCAAAAGCACUUACAAAAACCUUUCUUCUAAUGCAAUCGAAGGAGAAAUCAUUAUUCCGAUCAUUUCUGAUUUUCAGCUAUACAACUUCUUGUGCAAGAUUGAUGGGAAAAGCUGCGACACUAGCCUAGUAGAAAAUACUCCUCCACUAAAGACUUAUGAUAAUGCAGCCAUUGAUCAAAAAAACAAAUAUAUCUUGCAGCAAUUAGAAAAAAGCGAUUUAUAUUUAUUUAAUCUUGGACUCAUCGAACCAAACUCAGAAAUCUCAUAUGAAAUUUCAUAUGCUUGCAAAACUGAAGAGCAGCUAGUAGAAAAUACUUUUAAAUUAAAAAUUCCUCAUGAAUUUUUCCAACACGUUGAUGAAGAAGAUAAAGAAAUCCUUUCAGGGAGAUUUGUUAUAAAGAAUCCAUUGUCAGAUCAAACAGAAACUCAUGACUUAGAAAUCGGCAACUAUAUUGUUCUAGACAACAAGCAUUAUGCAGCAGCAUUACAAAAUAUUGAUAGAAAGCAAGACUUAGAAAUUACUUAUUAUUAUGAAACCCCAAAAGUACCUUUUGUAAUUGUACAAGAAGAUCCUAGGACUAAUAGGCAUGCUUUUCAUUUGUCAUACACCCCUGAUAAAAGCUUAACGAAUCUUAGUGGAUGGGAACAAAAAGGUGAAUUUGUGUUGAUCCUUGACAGAUCAGGCUCUAUGUCUGGCGCAAGAAUUAAACUUGCCAGAGAAGCAGCUGCUUUAUUCAUCCGUUCUCUUCCAGAAGACUCAUUUUUUAACAUUGUUAGCUUUGGCUCCUCUUACAACAAAAUGUAUAAUGAAAAUAAGAAAUAUGACUCUUGCACAGUAGAAGAGGCUACUAGAACAGUAAUUCAAUAUGAUGCUAAUAUGGGAGGAACAAACAUCUACGACCCUAUCAAAUUUGUAUUAGAAUCUCCAAGAAAGCCAGGAUAUCCAUUGAGUAUCUUUUUAUUGACUGAUGGAGACGUUGAGAGAAGAGACCAAGUUUUAAAUAUAAUUAAAGACAAAAGAGAUGGGGCUAGAAUCAGCACAAUUGGCAUUGGAAAUGAUUAUGAAAUUUUAAUAAAUCAAGCUGCAAAAGAAGGAAAUGGAGUUGCAUAUAGAAUCAAAACUGAAAAUGAAAUUAAACCAGCUGUUAUUGGCUCACUUAAGCAAUCUUUAAUUCCUGCUCUUACCAAUAUCCAACUUUCAGAUUACAGCAAAUUUGAUUUUGUAAACCCAAGCACUCCUUUCCACAUAUAUGCUGGAAGCUCUAUUGAUAUUGCUGGUAUAUGGAAGGCAGGAGUAUUCCCUGAGAAAAUUUAUUUCCAAUAUUAUAGCGAAAUUAUAGGAGUCAAUGAAAAUGUUGACAUUGAAAUAAACCAGGAUGAGAUUGUUAGUCACAGUGCAAUAAUAGCAAUUGAAGGGAAAAAUUGGACUGGAUCUCUUGGUGGCAAUAAUGAAAGGAUGAAUCUAAAAGUAAUCGAUUAUCUUGGAAUUCCAGGUCUAGUAAAAUACCUGAAAAAGCCUGCUAGUGUAUUUGGAACCGGUGGAUUAUUUGGAAAUACAGCUUUUCAGGGUGGGCUAUUUGGAAACACAGCAAAUCAAGGAGGACUAUUUGGAAACACAGCAAAUCAGGGUGGGCUAUUUGGAAAUGCACAAAAUCAAGGUGGGUUAUUUGGAAAUACAACCAAUCAAGGAGGAAUGUUUGGAAAUACAGCAAAUACUGGAGGAUUGUUUGGAAAUGCAGUAAUACCACCUAGAGCUGCUUCAAGAGUUAAAAGGGCAGUAAAACCUAAAGUUGCUCGAGCUAAAAAACCUCAGCCUCAAGCAAAACAGCAAGAUCCUCAAAGUCCAGCUACAGCACGGACACUCCGAAGCUCAAAGAAAGUACCUGAAGCAGCCAUUCCUACACCAGCAACAAAAAGACGAAGAGUUGCUCAGAAAAAACUAAUAAAACAAGCCAUGAAAAUCGAUCAAUUUAUGAUUCCAAAAAAUAAAAUACAAAGAAUUGUCAGAGAUUUUUCUGAUGAUGUAGUUCCCAAUAUGAGAAUCAAACAAGAUGCUUACAAAGCAUUCCAAGAAGCUGCGGAGGCAUAUUUAAUUGAAGUCUUUACAAUGUCAAAUGAUGUUGCUGAUGAUAAUAAAAGAAUUACUGUAAGAGAUGUAGAUAUACAAGAAGCAAUCAAAAAAAUUGAUAAUGAAAAAAUGGAUAUUGAAGAAGAAGAAGAAAAGAAGCCAAAAGGUAGAGGGAAAAAGCAAGCAGUCGUAAAAGAAGAGAGCGAAAGUGAAGAAGAGCAACCAUCACGAAGAACACGAUCUGGUAGAAAAUUCUCUGAAAAGAAAAUUGAACCAAAAAAAGUAAAGAAACAAGCUAAGACACCUUUUAAAGUAGCUAAAAAAGAAGAAAGUGAAGAAGAAAUGCCAACAAGAGUUACAAGGUCGGGGAAAAAAAUCUCAGCAAAUCAAACUCAAGUGAAGAAGCAAACCAAACCUAAAAAAGAGAUAGAUAAGGAAGAAUCUCAAAAUAUCACAGCAAAAUCACCUAAAAAGCCUCAAAGAAAAAUAGACGUCACUGUAUUUCCACAAAAAAGAGGAAGAGGUAAAAAUGACAACCCUGACCCACCAACCAAAAAAAUAAAAAAUCCUAAUGAUAUUAACACUGCAAGUGAGCAGACAACUCAGCCACAAACACCAAUAAGCCCGCCAGCAUAUACACCAUGCUCAAAUCCGUGCAUUGAUGUUGGAUAUGAAGUCGAAAAACUGAUGCAUUUACAAAAGAUUGAUGGACAUUGGAGUUCAUCAUCUGAUCUAUCUGAUAUUAUCAAUAAUUUGGUUUGUUCUAAAAUUGAUAUAACAAAUAUGAAUGACAAAAGAACAACUGCAUUGGUUGUAGCUGUUUUAGAUGAAAGAUGUCAUGACUACAUAUGCUUGUGGGAUUUAGUUGCAGUAAAGGCAAGAAGAUGGAUGGGGAAGAAUAAGCAAAGCGAAAUGAAGCUUGCUGAUUUUUAA